AAUUUUUUUACUGUGUUGCCAUGGUGACAUGAGAGGAAAGUUUGGAAUGGAUCAGUUUGCGCGUUUCACCUCUGGACUGUGGGAUGCCUUUGCUCUUUUUAAAAUAUAAGACCUGAAGUAUAUACAGUAUGAUUGUAUUUUAAGUCUAAGUCUGCAUAUAUUCAAAGUCUGAACGCGGUCUACACUGCAAACAAGCGAUGCGACGCAUUAAAACGCUUUUAUCAUAUUCAGUGAAGCUGUCUAGGCUGUAUCGGUCUCAACUUCAGUGAUUUGAACCUGGUUUUCGCGCGUCACUCACGCGCAGUGUAGACAGAAUGACAGAUGCUGAUGUUGCGCGACAGGUUAACGCACUGAAACUCUUGUUUUUGUUAGCUUUCUAAGUUUAACGUUAAAAAACAAAACAGUUAACGUAUGUAUGAAUGUAUUGGUUUUGCUUUUAAGUACGAACGUUUUUAAACAACGUUUCAGCAGUCACAAAAGUUAGAAUGCAAGUUAAUCAAUGCGCUAAACAGAUGCUCGAGAAGUAACGUUCGCCUGAGGAGGUUACUAUAGCAACAGUAGCCUACGCUGCUCGCUGAUAACUUUCCGCUGGAUAGUAUCAGUAUUAUUAUGGUACAGUAAAUAAGCAUAUCCUUCUCAAAAAAGCAAACUCCCUAAAGGUCAAUGAAUAAUUAGAUUUAUGAUUUCUUAGUUUUUAAACUUCCUAAAACUGUAAUGCUAGAAAAAAAUCUAAGAUAAUCAAAACAAACUCGCUUUCCUCAAAUUAUUAUGUCAGUGCUCUGGAGAGUCUCUAGCCAGUCUUUAAUAUGUAUUUAAAGUGCGGAGGAAAUAUUUACAUUCUUUGUUCUCAGAGGAACCUCUGCCAGUGUGUCGAUCUGAGGUACCCUAAAUGAUGCCUCAAGUGUGUUUAUAUAUUUACAGUGUAGAGAAGAGGGUUAUGUGUAACCAUUUAAGCAUUAUUAGGACUAAUCUCCAUGUAAAGGCCAUUAAUAUCCACUAGUGGCAGUGUGAGUGCUGUUUCACUCAAGAUUAGGAGCAAAGGUUCCUACAAGGGUUCAAACGGUGCACCAUUAGAACACGUGCAAAGUGUUUGGAAAGCAAAAAAAAUUUAGGAUUUAGUUCAGGGGAUUUUGCGUUGAUUAGAAGGAGAUUUGGGGAACUAGGUUUGGUGGGUGGAUAGGGAGGGGGUUUCAGGAAUGUUGCUUGAAAGACCAAAACAUCACACUGGCAACCUCAAAGGGACACAAGCAUCUUGGUAUGAGAAAGUUUGUGAUCUGUGAUAUUUGGUAAACUUUGAAACGAUUGAAGAAAAAUCACUUAGAUGAUGAUAUCCUUAUGUUUUCACUGUGAACAAGGAAAUGUUAAUUACACAGAACGCUUGUUUAGGCCGGAGUUAUUUGCAUCCAGGAAAAGUGGAUUUUCCAUAUUUACAGUUCAGAAUUAAACAGCUAUAAUUGCCUCAUUCAUGUACACUAGGGCUGGGAGUUAAAGUCAAAUUACACUUUCAUAUGGAUAUUUGAAAAGCAAACACAUCAAGGGGUUCUGUGUGUGAGAGGGCUGUCCUUUCUGACCCAUGAGGGUGUGUUUGCCAUGGUGGUAAGUGAGACCAUUAGAUCCAGAUGGGGCUUUUGAGAUCGGUGUGUUUGCAUAAGGCACCAGGCUGUCAAUGCAGCCCUGUCUGUGUUUGAGAAAGCCCCAUUCAUGGCUAGUUUAGUAGAUUUUGGGUUCAGUUACAAAUACACAGACUAUAGGAGCUCACAUUUUACACCGGGGUGUCAGAUAUUUGCACCCUGCAAAUAAUUACUAGCCUGUGUUGUGGUGAAUGUAUAAUCAUAAUGUAAACAGAUGGUGGACACAAAUGCGAAUUAUAUAUAUAUAUAUAUAUAUAUAUUUCUAAAUUAUAAUUAUUAGGAGACCCUUACAGCUUGCUUUUUCAGGAAGAGGUUGAUUUAUUUUCAUAUGCUUGAGUAUGUGUCGCUCACCUGUCUCUUACCCCCAUACACUCCUUUCUGUCGCCCCCUUUUGGUGGCUGCAGAGGAAGAUUUAGGCAGCUGCAUCCAAGAUGGCAAGCAGUAUGCAGACCGUGCUGUAUGGAAGCCAGAACCGUGCCGCGUCUGCGUGUGCGACACUGGGGCAGUGCUGUGUGACGAGGUCAUCUGUGAGGAUGUGACAGACUGUGACAAUCCCAUCAUUCCACUUGGAGAGUGCUGUCCCAUCUGCCCAGCUGGAACCGACGAGCCUAUCGGGUCAGUUGGUGCCAAGGGACAGAAAGGUGAACCAGGUGAUAUUACAGAUGUAGUAGGACCAAGAGGACCUGCUGGCCCAAUGGGACCCCCAGGAGAGCAAGGACCACGUGGCGAGAGAGGAUCUAAGGGUGAGAAGGGAAGUCCCGGCCCAAGAGGGAGAGAUGGCGAGCCUGGUACACCUGGAAACCCAGGACCCCCUGGACCACCAGGACCUAGUGGACUUGGAGGAAACUUUGCUGCUCAGAUGGCCGGAGGUUUUGAUGAGAAGGCAGGAGUUGCUCAGAUGGGUGUGAUGCAGGGACCAAUGGGUCCAAUGGGUCCCCGUGGUCCUCCCGGUCCCCCUGGAGCACCUGGCCCACAAGGUUUCCAAGGCAACCCUGGAGAGACUGGUGAACCCGGCCCUGCUGGUGCCCUUGGACCCCGUGGCCCACCAGGGCCCCCUGGAAAAUCUGGAAGUGAUGGUGAGGCUGGCAAACCUGGUAAGCCUGGUGAUCGUGGACCCCCAGGGCCUCAGGGAGCCCGUGGAUUCCCCGGAACUCCUGGCCUUCCUGGAAUCAAGGGACACAGAGGACACCCAGGUAUUGAUGGAGCUAAAGGAGAGGCUGGUGCUGCAGGUGCUAAGGGUGAGGCUGGUUCUAAUGGUGAGAGUGGUGCUCCUGGACCAAUGGGUCCACGUGGUCUGCCCGGUGAGAGAGGUCGUCCUGGUGCAACUGGUGCUGCUGGUGCCCGUGGUAAUGAUGGUCUGCCUGGUCCUGCUGGUCCUCCUGGUCCUGUUGGUCCUGCUGGAGCUCCAGGUUUCCCUGGAUCCCCUGGUUCUAAGGGUGAAGCUGGUCCCACCGGAGCUCGUGGACCUGAGGGUGCACAAGGACCCCGUGGAGAGGCUGGAACACCUGGAUCACCUGGACCUGCUGGUGCAUCUGGUAACCCUGGUACUGAUGGUAUUCCUGGAGCCAAAGGAUCUGCUGGUGCUCCUGGCAUUGCUGGUGCCCCUGGUUUCCCAGGACCCCGUGGCCCGCCAGGACCUCAGGGAGCUACUGGACCUCUUGGGCCUAAAGGACAAUCUGGAGACCCUGGUAUCCCAGGAUUUAAAGGCGAGGCUGGACCCAAGGGAGAGCGUGGUGUUGUAGGACCUCAGGGUGCCCCUGGGCCAUCUGGAGAGGAAGGAAAGAGAGGACCAAGAGGAGAGCCUGGUUCUGCCGGACCUCUCGGACCCCCUGGAGAGAGAGGAGCUCCGGGUAACCGUGGAUUCCCUGGUCAGGAUGGUCUAGCUGGAGCAAAGGGUGCACCUGGUGAUCGUGGUGUUCCAGGUGUGACCGGACCAAAAGGAGGGACUGGAGAUCCUGGCCGCACAGGCGAGCCUGGUCUUCCUGGAGCCAGAGGUCUGACUGGACGCCCUGGUGAUGCUGGACCUCAAGGAAAAGUUGGAGCACCUGGUGCCCCUGGUGAAGAUGGACGCCCUGGUCCUCCUGGGCCUCUGGGAGCUCGUGGUCAGCCUGGAGUGAUGGGAUUCCCUGGACCUAAGGGAGCCAAUGGUGAACCUGGAAAAACUGGAGAGAAAGGACUUGUUGGACGCCCUGGUCUUAGAGGUUUGCCUGGUAAAGAUGGAGAGACUGGAGCUGCUGGUCCACCUGGCCCUUCUGGUCCUGUUGGUGAGAGAGGAGAGCAAGGUCAGCCUGGUCCGUCUGGCUUCCAGGGUCUUCCAGGGCCUACUGGAGCCCCCGGAGAGCCCGGUAAACCUGGUGACCAGGGUGUUCCUGGAGAGGGUGGUGCUGCCGGUCCCACUGGACCAAGAGGUGAACGUGGUUUCCCUGGUGAGAGAGGAGGUGCUGGCCCUCAGGGUCUCCAGGGACCAAGGGGACUUCCAGGAACUCCCGGAACUGAUGGACCUAAGGGUGCCAUUGGACCAGCUGGCGCUGCUGGAGUUCAGGGCCCUCCCGGUCUGCAGGGCAUGCCUGGUGAGAGAGGAGCUGUUGGAAUUGCUGGAGCUAAAGGUGACAGAGGUGACAGUGGAGAGAAAGGACCUGAAGGUGCUCCUGGCAAAGAUGGUGCAAGAGGUUUGACUGGUCCAAUUGGUCCACCUGGUCCUUCUGGUCCCAAUGGCGCAAAGGGUGAAACUGGUGCCAUUGGCCCAAUUGGUACUCCUGGUGCUCGUGGUGCCCCUGGUGAUCGUGGUGAGAUUGGUGCACCCGGACCUGCUGGUUUUGCUGGACCACCUGGUGCUGAUGGCCAGCCUGGAAUUAAGGGAGAGCAGGGUGAGUCAGGACAGAAAGGUGAUGCUGGAUCCCCUGGACCCCAAGGACCAUCCGGAGCACCCGGCCCAGUGGGCCCAACUGGUGUUACAGGACCUAAGGGAGCACGUGGAGCCCAAGGAGCCCCUGGUGUCACUGGUUUCCCAGGAGCUGCAGGAAGAGUUGGACCACCUGGCCCCAAUGGUAACCCUGGUCCUGCUGGCCCUGCAGGUGCUGCUGGUAAGGAUGGUCCUAAGGGAGUUCGUGGUGAUGCUGGUCCACCAGGCAGACCAGGAGAUGCUGGACUGCGUGGACCUCCUGGUUCUCCUGGAGAGAAGGGAGCGCCUGGACCGGAUGGUCCUCCUGGUCUUAUUGGUCCUUCUGGUCCUGCCGGUCUUGCUGGUCAGCGUGGUAUUGUUGGUUUGCCUGGUCAGCGUGGUGAAAGAGGUUUCCCAGGACUCCCAGGACCCUCUGGUGAGCCUGGCAAACAGGGAGCUUCUGGUUCUUCUGGUGACCGUGGACCUCCUGGCCCUGUUGGACCUCCUGGAUUGACUGGACCUGCUGGCGAGACUGGACGUGAGGGUAAUCCUGGAUCUGAUGGUCCACCUGGUAGAGAUGGUGCUCCUGGUGUGAAGGGUGAGCGUGGCAACACUGGCCCGAUUGGUGCUCCCGGAGCUCCUGGUGCCCCUGGUGCUCCUGGUUCCGUUGGUCCAAUUGGCAAACAGGGAGACAGAGGAGAGAAUGGCCCACAAGGACCUGCUGGCCCCCCUGGACCAGCUGGAGCUAGAGGCAUGGUUGGACCACAAGGACCUCGUGGUGAUAAGGGUGAGGCAGGAGAAGCUGGAGAAAGAGGUCAGAAGGGACACAGAGGAUUCACCGGUCUGCAGGGUCUGCCAGGACCUCCUGGUGCUCCUGGAGACCAGGGUGCUGCCGGACCUGCUGGACCAAGUGGCGCUAAGGGACCUGCAGGACCUGUUGGACCAGCUGGUAAAGACGGUUCUAAUGGUCAGCCUGGACCCAUUGGACCACCUGGACCUCGUGGACGCUCUGGAGAGUCUGGCCCAAUUGGUCCACCUGGUAACCCUGGACCUCCUGGUCCUCCUGGUCCCCCUGGCCCUGGCAUUGACAUGUCUGCCUUCGCUGGGUUGUCUCAGCCCGAGAAAGGACCGGAUCCUCUGCGUUACAUGCGUGCUGAUGAGGCUUCCAGCUCUCUUAGACAACAUGAUGUGGAGGUGGAUGCCACACUGAAGUCAAUCAACAGCCAGAUCGAGGACAUCCGCAGCCCUGAUGGCUCCCGCAAGAACCCUGCACGCUCCUGCCGAGACCUGAAACUCUGCCACCCUGAAUGGAAGAGCGGUGACUACUGGGUUGAUCCCAACCUUGGUAGCAGCGCUGAUGCCAUCAAAGUCUUCUGUAACAUGGAGACCGGAGAGACUUGUGUGAAGCCCAGCACUCCCAAAAUCCCACGCAAGAACUGGUGGAGCAAUAAGGGCAAGGGGCAGAAGCACGUGUGGUUUGGAGAGAGCAUGAACGGUGGAUUCCACUUCAGCUAUGCUGAUAGCAGCCAGACUCCUAGUACUACCAGCAUCCAGCUGAAUUUCCUGAGACUGCUGUCUACUGAGGCCACUCAGACCAUCACCUACCACUGCAAGAACAGCGUGGCUUACAUGGACCAAGCCACAGGCAACCUGAAGAAGGCCAUUCUGCUGCAGGGCUCCAAUGAUGUGGAGAUCAGAGCAGAGGGCAACAGCCGCUUUACAUAUGGAGUGCUUGAGGAUGGCUGUCAGAAGCACACAGGUCAGUGGGCUAAGACUGUGAUUGAGUACAAAACUCAGAAGACAUCCAGGCUGCCCAUCGUGGACAUUGCUCCAAUAGACAUCGGAGGAGCAGAUCAGGAGUUUGGAGUGGACAUUGGUGCAGUCUGCUUCUUGUAAAAAAAAUAAAACAUAUGUGGAUUGAGAUAAGACAUGGAAAAAUACCAAUGACGAGCAAUAACUGUGAGGAUGCAAUACACUCUCCAAAUAACGAAAUAUGGAAGAAAAGAAAAGAAAUCUGAAAAUUGACGAAAGUUUUUUUUCUCUAAAACACAAAAAGUCGUGCUGUCCACGUUUAGUGUGCAGGAAAACCAGCGCUAAAUGGGAUUGCCCCAAAUAGUCUCUCCCUCUGAAAUCCAGCCAUGUUUCCCCACAAGUCCUCAGUGCAGCGCCUCCUCCUGACGGGAGCCAAGAGGGGGACGGAACAAGUGAGCGCAACCAGAAGAAUAAGAGAUUCAAUGAAAGACAGAAACAUGGCUUGAUGUCAUCACAUCCUGCAGUGGGUGGGUGGGUGUGGGUGGGUGAUGCUGUACAGCGUCAUGGCUGGAUAACACAGUAGUCCCUCCCACUAAAGAAGAAAGAAGGCCAUACCCAGUCCCACUUCACCCCUCCUUCUGCCUCUUGACUGUGACUCAGAAGAAAACAUCACAUUAUGCAAGAUUUUGUGAAAUGUUAAACCUGAGGAGGGAAUAAGUUUAUAUUUACUGUGUAUAAUAACAAAAAAAAAAAAUCGAUUCAGUCUGUACUGAAGCAGCCAGAUCUAUAUAUUUUCACAAUUACGUGUUUGUGUGUGUGAGCAUGUGCCUAUACACACCGACAAUAUUUUGGGGAAAGUGCAGUUCCAUUUCUUUCUUUCUUUUUUUUUUUUUUUUUUUUUUGUGUAAAUCAUUUUUUUCCCAUGAUUGCCCAAAUAAGGAAGUUUUGGUCCCUUAAUAUAACAGCAAAAAAGAAAAAAAAUAAUCAAAUAAAUUUGGAAAACAUUUCUAUUUUUUGUUUAUUUGCAUGAUCUUCAUUUUUCAAGAAAAGCUACCUCACACAGGAAAAAACGAAGUUAAAAUCUGGAUGUGAACGAAAGCAGCCUGGGGUUCGAGAAACGUCAGGAAGACACCCCGGCACGGCUCAGUCCAUCUUCAGAAGGUGCUAUUAGUAUUGAUCUAUCAGUCAGUAUUUCCCAGAAUUCCCAGACCAUCCCACUCCCUAACUGGCCUCAUUAAACACACACAGCCUGCUCAGAGGAUGCGGAACUACGCGGGAUGAUCAAAAAGCAGAGGGACUCUUUUUUGCUCCCAAAGGAUCACCGUAGCACUGAGCAGGAUGUGUGUGUGUGUGAGGGUGUGUAUAUUUUUGUUAUAAUUAAUAUUAUUAUGAUCUUGGUCUUUUUUUUUUUGUUUGUUUGUUCUCUCUUUUUGGUUCUGGUUUUGUUACGAUUUUAAUUAAUGUAAAUUGAAAAUAAAGGAAAAAACAAGGAAUUAUGAA